GAACUUAAUUCGUUCUAAUAUCUCCCUUGACCAAAACGACGCCGUUGCCCGUGUAGAAAACCGAAAAGUAAAUGAUCCACGGCGCGAGCCAACCACGUUACUUGGCGAUUAUCUAACGGUUCUCAAUCCUCCACGUCAUCAAUGUACCACACGCAUCCCAAGUCAUUCACGGCAAAUCUUCAAUCUUUUCCACAUGACCCAAACUGCCCCUUCUCAUCCACCCAUUAUGUCGGUUUUUCACAUGCCCAUUUCCGUCAUUUCACACCAAUAUUCUUCGGAAUAUAAAUUCUCCCUCGUUUCGGUUAGCAACCAAUCCGAUAACUCUGUCGACGAUUUCCCAAGUACUCAUCAAUGGCGACUGGUUUAAUCCGACGAGCAAUUUCUAGGGUUCAGGUAACAUCGCAGGCGGCGAGGCUCCUCGUCGGCCGAUCUCACGCCUCCGACGCCAAAGCACAGCCGGUAGAAUCGAAGCCGAAUCUGAAAUCAUUUCAAAUUUACCGAUGGAAUCCGGACAACCCGGGGAAACCGGAGCUCCAGGAAUACAAAAUCGAUCUGAAGGAAUGCGGUCCAAUGGUUCUAGACGCGUUAAUCAAAAUCAAAAACGAAAUAGAUCCUUCGCUUACGUUUAGGAGAUCUUGCAGAGAAGGGAUCUGUGGUUCCUGUGCAAUGAACAUUGACGGCUGCAACGGACUUGCUUGUUUGACGAAGAUCUCAUCGGAUUCUGAAUCGACGAUUACGCCGUUGCCACAUAUGUUUGUGAUUAAGGAUCUGGUGGUUGAUAUGACUAAUUUUUAUAAUCAGUAUAAGUCUAUUGAGCCUUGGCUUAAGAGGAAGACACCUGCACCAACUCCUGGGAAAGAGAUACCGCAGAGUAAGAGUGAUAGGGCUAAAUUGGAUGGCAUGUAUGAGUGUAUUCUUUGUGCUUGCUGCAGCACAUCUUGUCCUAGCUACUGGUGGAAUCCUGAGUCUUAUCUUGGUCCUGCUGCACUCCUCCAUGCCAACCGAUGGAUCAUGGAUAGCCGUGAUGAAUAUACUCAGGAGCGUCUGGAUGCAAUUAAUGACGAAUUCAAGCUUUAUCGUUGCCAUACUAUUCUGAAUUGUUCUCGUGCUUGUCCAAAGGGAUUAAAUCCUGGGAAGCAUAUUCAGAACAUCAAGCGUCUGGAGUUGUCAUCUUAAGCCUGCAGUGUAGUGGUCCAGUCUCUUCUACUAAGAUUGAUUUUGAAGGAUCAGUAGGAAGUUGUUUCUCAAAAUAAUGUAUGCACAGAUUGUAAUUUGCUCUCGAGAUCUUUUUAGUACUUGAAUUUGAGAUGAAAUGUGCAUCUCUCUGAAAUAUAAUACAGUAUCACUUUUAAUUACAUUGCGCCAUAAUGCAUGAAAGACAUGUAUUUGUGUUUCCUUUUAAGUUUCGCGUAUCUAAUGCGUAUGGUCUUUCAAGGAGGGAUUAUUUGGGUUA